AUGUCUAUUUUAUUGGUGUGGAUUGGGAUGGGGGAGAGGGGGCGGGGUGGGUUGGGAUAUGAGUAUAUUUGGGGGGAAGAGGGUUGGGGGGAUUGGUAUAUGAUUGUUGGGAGGGGGGGGGUGGGGGGGGGAUUGUUGGAUGGGAUGGGGUAUGGUUGGUGUUGUAAUGGUUUUGUGAGGAAGUGGGGCGGAUACGUUAACAAGGUGUUAUGUUUUAGUGGGGUUGAGGAGAGGAGUGGAGUUGAUGGGGGGGUUUGUGAAGAGGGGGAGGGGGGGGGGUUGGGGUGA